AUGCCUUCUCUAAUCCUUCUCGUCUCCCUCCUCUCUCUCUUCUCCCUCAACACCGUCACUGCCCGUGAGUCCAUCGUCGGCGGACGCCCAACUACAUCUGAGGAUUACCCAUACCAAAUCAGCCUGGAACACCUCGGCCAACACAUCUGCGGCGGCUCCAUCCUCAACGAAAAGUCCAUCCUAACAGCCGCCCACUGCACGCACGAAUACCCCAAUAACCUGACCAUCCGUGCAGGCACCUCAACCAUCGGCCACGGCGGCAGCGUCUACCAGCCGUCCAAAAUCACGACGCACCCCAAAUUCAACCCCGAGACAGGCGACUACGACGUCGCGGUCAUAACCCUCAGCAGCGACAUCGCCCUUGACGCCUCAGCCCGCCCUAUCACACUCAGCUCUGCGACCCUACAGCCCGGCCACAACUGCACAGCUACCGGAUGA